GACCGGAGCCCUAAAUGCCCACGGUCAGGGCUGAGGGUUUAGCCAGGGCUUCGUUUGUGCUGACUAGCGGUCGUCGGUCUAGCGACGUGACAGCGUCGGAAUGCAAGUGCCAGCACGGGCGACUCAAUUGUCUCGGAGCUCGUAGACGCUGGCUGGCCCUGCAGGAGAUGGGCGGGACUCUCGAUUCGAUUCGAGCUAUCGUUUCUUCGUGAGGGAUCGGUGAGGCGAUUGUCGCGUCGAUUGGUUUACUGGAGAAUGGUGCAUGUAAGGUGUGCAUUUGCUUAGUACUUUUGCCCGAAGUGUUUGCACCAUGGCGGGAUUGACGUCGACCUUCACACAGUUCAAGAAGGCCAGGGUUGCCGAGUAUGCCGCUCCUUCGGCCGCUCCGGCCGGGGAGGCCGUGGAAAAAUCUGUCGAGCAAAAGCUGGGACCCAUGCCCGGAAAAGCUAUCACUCUCAACGAGAUACAGCGGGACAAAAUUACCAGAAUCGCAGAGGCUAACUGGUCUGUCACCAAAGGCAACAAGUCCAAACCUGUAUUCAGUGCGGAACUGGUGGACGAGAUAUACCGGAAGGAGCUGACUCUGACGACCGGGAGCAAAACAGUUCCCUUGCAACGAGUCAUGGUGCUGGAAAUCAGUCAGUACUUAGAAAAUUAUCUUUGGCCCAAUUUCGACCCGGCAACGGCCACUUUUGAGCAUGUUAUGUCGAUUAUUUUGAUGGUCAACGAGAAGUUUCGGGAGAAUGUUCCAGCAUGGAGAUGCUUUCAUGACAGGGAGGACGUUUUUCCAGCAUUCAGCCAACGAGUCUUUACGCUGAAAGACGAGAAGGAGCAUGUGUGGAACAUUAGAGAGAAAAUAAACUAUUUGCUCUACAUGAUUCACUGUUUUCAGAGUUUGGAAGAUGAAAUGGUCAGAGGUCCAGUCCUGAAACUGGCUCACUUGAAGCUAUGGCAUGCUCUUUCACCCGGGCGCUUGCAGCUGGAGUUCUUUUCACAUCCCCAAGAAGUUCUCGAACCAUGGAAGAAGCUGCUGAAGAAGGAAGCAAAACUUGCAAAAAAGGCUGGCCCUGGCGCACAUGACCCUAAGCAAGAUUUGGAAGUGAGGUUUCUGCCCUCGCUCAUACAAGAGUUUUUGGAGAUUUUGGAGUCUACGGUUAGUUCGAGUUCAAUGGAGGUCACUGGCAGCAAUGACAACAGGGAAUCUGAUGUGGACGAAGCAUCCGUGUUGUAUUGCGAACGAUUUACUGAGUUUCUGAUUGACCUUCUGAGUCAGCUGCCCACGAGAAGAUAUCUUUUGGCGUUGGUGGAAGACGCGGCUGUUGUAAUUAAAUGUCGGAUGAGUCCUCUUUAUACACACCAGCGAGGCCGGCUUUUCGGACAACUUGUGGAUCUCCUUAGGUUCUACGAAGGCUUUGAGAUAGAUGAACAGACAGGCGCUCAGCUCACUGAUGAUGAUGUGUUGCUAGCACAUUGUUCUCGGCUUCAAGCUUUUCAACGACUUGUGUUCAAAGCAGUACCAAAGUUGCACGAGCUGGCUUUGACGAACAUCGGUGCCAUAGAGAAGAGAGAUGCACUGAUUGAGAAGUUGUCAGUGCUCAAUGCUGAGGAAAUGAAGCAUCUAGUGUGUGAACAGCUGAAACUGAUCUCCCCCAAUGAUCCCUGGGCAAACAGGGGUGAAUUUUUAAUUGAAGUCGUGGUGGCUGCCUUCGAGAAGAGACUGUCGCAGAGGCAGUCAAUUAAUGCUCUACCCCUUUAUCCCAAUGAAGAGGUCAUGUGGGACGAAAGUCUUGUUCCGAGUAUAAACUACACUGGUGAAGGAUGCCUUGCUUUACCUAAGUUGAACCUCCAGUUUCUCACACUGCACGACUAUCUUCUUCGAAACUUCAAUUUGUUCCGACUGGAGUCGACGUAUGAGAUACGGGAGGACAUACACGACGUCCUGAAACGAAUGGGAGCCUACAUCAAUAGUGAAGGAGAUACCAAGUUUUCUGGCUGGGCUAGGAUGGCUGUGCCUAUUCAGGAGUUCAAGAUUGUGGAAGUGAAACAGCCGAACAUUGGAGAACUGAAACCUGCUGCUGUAAAUGCUGAAGUGACUUUCAGUAUAGGAAUAUUCCGCGGUGAGAAGAGGUCUGAGUGGGACGAACUAAAAGAGCAUGAUGUUCUUUUUCUUCUUUCAAUCACACCUCCACCCAAGGUUCUCGACAAGGAAGAAGCCGCGAAGUUGAGCGUACCAGAAAGAUUCGGUCUUGUUUAUGUGCGUGGCUGUGAGAUUAUAGAGAUGCGCGAUGAAGGAAACCAGCUUAUGAAUGACUUUACAGGAAGGAUAAAGCGAGAGGAUUGGAAGCCUCCACAGGGGGAGAUGCGAACAGCGCUUAUCUCCUUAGACAGUGCUCAAUACCAGAUAGAUGUAAAUGCUAUGGCACAGAGUGGUGCAGAUGAUGUUUAUGGAACUUUUAAUCUCUUAAUGAGACGAAAGCCGAAGGAGAACAACUUCAAAGCAAUACUCGAGUCUAUUCGGGAUCUUAUGAACGAGGACUGCUUUGUACCUGAAUGGCUGCACGACAUCUUCUUGGGUUAUGGUGACCCCGCAGCAGCGCAGUGGCAUAAUAUGCCCCAGCAGUUGGAUGUCGUGGAUUUCAAAGACACGUUCAUCGAUGCAAAUCAUCUUGUGGAAAGUUUUCCGUCCAGCGAGGUGCAAUUUCUUACCCCAGAUGGUGAAGAAGAUAAGGACCCGAGACCCCCAUUUCGUGUCACUCUUAUGAAAGCGUCAAAACCUGCCGGGGCGAAGGCUAAAGCUGGUGGUAGGAAAAGGAACGGAGCCGAGGGAGAGAAUGUCAGCAAAGUUCCUGAAUCCAUCUCUGAAAAGCCGAAGAUUCUUGUUGAGACUUACGUGCCACCUGAUCCAGGGCCGUAUCCACAAGACCAACCGAAGAAAAACUCAGUCAGGUUCACACCUGUGCAGGUUGGAGCAAUUAUAUCGGGUGUACAACCCGGCUUGACCAUGGUUGUCGGGCCUCCAGGCACGGGGAAAACAGACACAGCUGUGCAGAUUCUCAAUGUUCUUUAUCAUAACUGUCCGUCACAGAGAACGUUGCUAAUUACUCAUUCCAAUCAGGCCUUGAAUGAUUUGUUUGAGAAGAUCAUGCAGCGGGAUGUACCUGCACGAUAUCUGCUUCGUUUGGGGCAAGGAGAACAAGAGCUUGAGACUGAACUGGACUUCAGUAGACAAGGCCGUGUAAAUGCGAUGUUGUCAAGACGGCUGGAGCUUCUAGCGGAAGUGGAGCGAUUGGCAAGGACCCUGAACAUACCUGAAGAUGCCGCCUACACUUGCGAAACUGCAGCUCAUUUUUGGCUUCUACAUGUGCUCUCACGUUGGGAGGAAUUCGUGGCCAUUUGUGAAGGAAAUCAAGGCAGAUCAGACAUCGUGAAAGAAAAGUUCCCAUUCAAGGAGUAUUUCAAAGAUUCACCACAGCAGAUUUUUGGUGGUGCUUCGUAUGCGCGAGAUAUGCGCGCAGCAACCGGAUGUUUUAGGCAUCUCAAGACAAUGUUUCAGGAGUUAGAAGAAUGUCGUGCUUUCGAGUUAUUGAAAUCAACCGCCGAUAGGGCCAACUAUCUCAUGGCUAAGCAGGCAAAAAUUGUUGCGAUGACUUGUACCCAUGCUGCUUUGAAGCGGCGCGAUUUUUUGCAGCUCGGUUUCAAGUAUGAUAACUUGCUGAUGGAGGAGAGUGCACAGAUAUUAGAGAUAGAAACGUUCAUACCUAUGCUGUUACAGAGACAGGAGGAUGGUCGAGCCCGAUUAAAGCGCUGUAUUUUGAUAGGUGAUCACCAUCAACUUCCCCCCGUUGUGAAGAACAUGGCUUUCCAGAAGUACAGUCACAUGGACCAGAGUCUCUUCACGAGGUUUGUAAGGCUGGGUGUGCCCUAUGUUGAGCUUAACGCCCAAGGUCGUGCACGGCCCAGCAUGGCUAAGCUCUACAACUGGAGGUACAGAGAGUUGGGCGAUCUGAAGUACGUGAGGGAGGGGAAGAUUUUUCAUAUGGCAAAUGCUGGGUUCGCACACGAGUACCAACUCAUUGACGUACCUGACUUUGAAGGGAAAGGCGAGACAGAGCCUAAUCCAUGGUUCUAUCAAAAUCUUGGCGAGGCCGAAUAUGUUGUAAGUGUGUUCCAGUAUAUGCGGCUUCUCGGGUAUCCUGCAAAUAAGAUAACGAUCCUGAGUACGUACAAUGGGCAGAAGCAUCUCAUCCGAGAUGUGAUUGAAAGGCGAUGUGCUCAUCAUCCUCUUUUUGGGAGACCAAGCAAGAUCACAACGGUGGACAGAUUUCAAGGUCAACAAAAUGAUUUUAUUCUGCUGUCUCUGGUUCGAACUCGUAUGGUUGGGCAUCUUAGAGAUGUUCGAAGGCUGGUCGUCGCAAUGUCCCGUGCGCGCCUAGGUCUGUACGUCUUUUGCAGACGUUCCUUGUUUGAACAGUGCUACGAGCUGCAGCCCACCUUCCAGCUCCUGCUUCAGAGGCCUGAUCGGCUAGCUAUUGUACCUGAUGAAAACUGUCAACCUUCUCAACGGCUUGUGAAUGAUAUUGGGCGAGCUCAUCUUGUUAGUGGCCUUCAAGAAAUGGCUAUGAUUGUCGGUGAAAAGUUCAACUAUCAGGCUAACUUCGCAAGACAUCAAGCUCUGAUACAGGCACAUGGAUAUGCCCCAGAUGCCUAUGGUUCGGACUACAUGGACCAUACAACUGCUCCACCUAUCGCAGGUUUUGUUUCUGGUGGGCAGCUUGCCGGAGAUUCAGGUGUUGGUGGCGACAGCAUUGUAGCAGACGGAGUAGCAUCGGAAACUCCUACUGAAGAAGUAGAGAAGCACGCCACGACGGAGGUUGUGGCUAUGGAUACGGAUUUAGAAGCAGCUGUGGAUAUGGGCUCAGCAGGAGUAACCGAAUCACUUUCAGAAAAUGUUGUUGAGGCUGAACCAACGGAGACUGAAGUACUUACUGACGCUGCAGCCCAUAUCUCAAGUCAAAUGGAGUCUGCUGUUGAGCCUGUUCCCGGAGAAGUCAUCACGACCACUCUCAUUCAAACAGUCGUAGCCACUACGAUCAAGACACAGGAGGUGAAGGACAAUCAGUUAAUCGAAACUGUCUCUGUCGACAGACAUACUGAAACAACUGUUCAAGUAGAACAUUCUGUGUCAGCCGAAGCUGAUCUUGGAGUAGAUUCAGACCAAGCUGCGGCGCCUGCUGGCGAUAGCACUGAUAAUCAAUAGAUGUGAAUCGAAAUUUUGUAAAGCCGAUGCUUUGUAGGCUAGAUUGUAGGCUUGAUCCCUGUGAUCGUAGGCUCAAAGUUGUGAGGAAAGUCACGUUCGCAAAGUGGCCGCUACGAAGUGUAGUCCUUUCCGGAAACACUCGAGCAGCCAAAAGAUUUGGGACAGAUGAGACCUUCCCUUUCGCGUUGGUACUGCAAAGGCUGAUGACUACUGAUGAUACGAUCCUUGGAACAUAGCUCUUGUAGUUUGAAAGGUUAUUAUACCUCUGCUUUUGUAACACAAUCUCUGAAAGCUGUACAACAAUGAUUCAAGAAGGAAGGAAUAUUCUUUUCUC